GAUCGAGACGUACGCGUGCAGCUAACUUUAUAGAAAGCGCAUGCGUCAUGUAUCGUUACUGCCAUUUUUCGCCUACUUUCUCAAAGCGCUUCCAAUGAUAAUGCACGACAUUUGGCGCCAUGGACCAGUUAGACCAGGACAGACGCCUCACUGCCGGCGCGUGCCCGACGACCCAGUCUGCAGUCUACCGUGAAAUCCUUUUGUUGUGUUUGAAUGAAACCGGGACCCGCGAGAGGUAGACGACAUUUUAAGUCCAUUAACCAGGCUCCUUCUCACGACUGUCCGGUUCAUCGCACGCUCAUGACCUCGAUUCCGGUUUUCUCUGCAUUCGAGUUUUCGUCCGCUGCGGCCGCGGCGUCCGCGACCAAAACAACCGGACCGCGUCUAAGCAGCUCGGCUCACUCGCUCGAGAGCCGCGCGCGAUCGCGCGGAGUAUUUUUCACUUUUGUGUCCGACGCUUGUGCUCUUGUAAAGCCUGCAGCUCCGUAAGCUCGGGCUCGUCGCAGCUUCUUGCGACAACAUCGCUGCAUACGAACUCGGCAUCGCAUUCAUUUUCAGUUUCGUAAACGCCGCCAUAUUUCGUCAGCAAGGGCACAUCGCGCCACCUCUCGGCGGUGGCCUUGGUGGGGCGACGCAUCGCACGAUCGUGACGUAACCCUCGUGUAGCUGGCCCUUGCCUCGAUCAUUCAACUUGCGGCAGCGCAGCAGCAGCAGCAGCCGCUCCUCAUCUCCGGCUCAUCUCGGCAUGUGCGUUGCUAUGGUGCUUUAGACGAGGCAGGCUCGGCGCUCGUUGGUCCGGUAUUAUCUCGCCGUGUGCGCAAAGUCGCUCUACCGGCCGUGCCGCGCUUGGAACACAAUGCAGGGCACGAUCAAGGUUUUCCUCAGCCUCAAAGCAUGCAAGAAUGUCUGCACAGGAAGCAAAUUGCCACCAAAUAUUUUGCUAUGCCGAGGACUGCUGACUUCAAGAUCACAUGGGCAGAUGGAAGCUGUUGCCACGCAGGUCCUUGAGCCCAGUGCAGCUGCUCUGAAGAAGCAGCCUGCACCAGUGGAACCACCUGAAUGGCCUUACACCGAGCACAUUGUAAAAGUGCACACCUGUGCAAAACUCUACCAGGACUGGAGAAAAUGGAAACCUGGCUAUCAGAAUGCACCUCCUGAAGGUGUUGAAGUGGAACUGGGCUACAUGCACACGGGCUUGGACAGACCAGCUGCGCAGCGCGAGGGCUGCCCCACGGUGCUGCUGCUGCAUGGGGCACCUGGCAGUUAUCGUGACUUCACUCAACUGGUGCCUUUCCUGGACAGUCACGGUGUCACUGUCAUCUCACCCCGGUGGCCUGACUUGCGUCUCAGCUACCGGACAGGAACAUUCUGGCAUUCAGCAGAAGAAAAGACGCAGCUGCUGACAGACUUCCUCAAGGCCAUCAACAUCAGCAAGGUUGACAUGCUGGUGGCUCACAGCAGUGCCAUCUACCCGACCUUAAAUGUCAUGACCAGGCCAGGCAUGCCCCACGUGAAAUCAGUGGCUCUGCUGGCACCAGCAGGACAUCAACUGGUCAGAGCCAUCAGGCCACUACCCCUGAUGCGAGCCUUUGCAGUGCACUACACCAACCCACGCUAUCAAGGCUUCAUGAGACAUUUGGGCAUUGCCAUAAUGAAGUACACGCGGAGUCCCAUCAAGCCUAACAUUGAAGAUGCCAUUAUGUCACUGCAGACUAUGAUCUUUUCCGACUACGAAGAGGCGGGCGACAAGAUAAAGCAAGUUGCUGACAGUGGCAUACCUUUGCUCAUAGCAUUCAGUGAGAACGAUCGAGCAAUCAACCCACAGGUUAUUUUCAACAUGGUGGACCUUAUUGGCACACGCAACCAAGAUCUUUGGCUCUACGACGCUGAUGGGAAAUUGGUCAGAAAAGGCUCAACAUCAGGCCAAAGAAAAGUGAUGCUGUUCAAGAAAGGAGGUCACUACCUGUUUCGCCGGCAUCCAGAAGUUGUCAAUUCUGCCAUCAUGGAUCUUCUUCAAACAGCCCUUGCAUCUAGCAAGUAACUGGUCUUUGACAUGGGGUAAUUCACUCAGCCAAGACAGCAGUUUACGCAAAACAGUUGAUCUGAGGCAUCAUCGUGAAUUUAUUAAUUCUCAGUGAACUUUCUUGUAGCAAUGCAAAUGUAGUUUGCUGCACUGUAACAUUGAAUUUCAGUAACUUUCUCACCAUUCUUUAGCUGCAAAUUUUUUUUUUUCUUAUUUGCCUCACUACUACUCUGAUAAUUUAUAAGCGUGCAGUUUUCCAACUUUAUUCGGUGACAUGCUCUGGCACUCUUAGAAACUUUAGGAACUCUGAACUGUGCGUAACAGUCCAUCAUACAGGACAGGUUUUAAAAGUCAACCAAACCUCGAGUAACCUUUAUCUUUUGAAAUUUUGUAUAUAACACCAUUUCUGAAGGCUUUGUCCCAUGUUUUAAGACAUGCCCUUUUGCUGGCCCAUGUUAAACAUUUUUUACAGUGAAUGAAACAGCCUGCAGCUUGAUUGCUUAAGUUUGGCAGCAUGACUUUUCUGCAAACCUUGUUAUUUGCCACACCUGAUUAAUUGUGUCUGAUAGAUCAGAUCACCUGAAGUACCUUGCAGUCACCUAAAGCUUGCUGAAAUAUGUGUCUGCAUUGCAAAAAAAGCAACAAAAUUAUCUAGUGAUGUAUAGGUGACUUGACGUGUGUGUGUGUUAGUAGCUCUGAGGAAACAGUGUGACUUGAGGCACUCACUAAUGUGACAAUCUCCUACAAGUCUCAGGAAUUCUAACGAAUCCAAACUGUAGCAUUUCAUUUCAGCUUUUUAUAAAGCUUUUCUUAACUACGCUAAUGUAAUAUGUGCAUGACGUCAAGUAAAGCUUAAAGAAGGAUGAUCAUCACCUACAAAUUUUGGAUCGUCGAGGAAUGUCGAUCAAUGUAAAGAGAUUGCCAUAUCCAACACACUCUGCAGAGACAUUUUCCUUCUCUGUACAUGUUCGCAUUUGUGUAGCUUCACUAACACACUUGUCUUAUUGUAUUGUAUGCCUCUUUCGAAUUAUUUGACUGAAUGAUGUGUUCUCCAAUACUCCAACACAUGAGAACUCUCAAAAAGCAUCUAUGUACUUUUUACACAAGUUUUGCAGGGUUUACUAUCUUUAUAAAUGUGUCAGUCCUUUACCAAAGCAAGUUGCAAGACCACUCAAGUGUACAGUGCACCCAAUUUAUUCAUGCAUCUUUUUGUUUUACCGUGUACAGCAGUUAUGAGAAACGUAAUGUGAAAAAUGAAAAAAAGAAACGUGCUCAAGCAGGUGUACCUGCGAUCACAUCAAUAAUAAUGAGAUUUCAAGGUAAAGAUCAAACCCGGACAUUUUUUCAGUUGGGCUAGUCUUGUGCGCUUAUCAAAAUUUUGAUCAAGACCUGGAACCUAGAAAGUUGGCGUGCAUGCACUUCGGUAUGCCUUUCCUUCACUUCACCAGUGUUUGCAUUCUGCUGCACGUGCCAUUUGGGAGCUUAGCAGAUUUAUAAAUCAAAUUCAUAAAAAAGAAAAAUACAUCAAAGGUUUAGAAGAACUCACUAAAGGGACUCUGCAAUGCUCUUUCUUCAAAAUUGAGAUUGCACUGGAGUGAGUCUGAUGCCCCUGAAUGAAUAUAUUCCUGCAGAAGUCUUCUAAAAGGAUGUAAUAGUGACAGUGAUAUAAAGAGCGAAAUCUUUAUUUCUCCAUUCCCCCUCAACACAAUCUUUCCUUUUCAGCUAUGGGCAGCCUAUUGCUCCUUUCUUACUUUUUCUUCUUUCCGUGGUGCACUUAUGGUAACCCUUGAAGGUUGAUGCGUGACAAAGAUUGGAAGGCUGUAUAUGUGUGCAUGAGCUUUAACUCACAGUUAUGAAGAAUUCUCUAAUGGCUGGUGUCUAUUGGUUGUUGUGCAUGUCCAUAAUGUCAUGGGCAUCCCGUACUAGAGGGGAGGAGGGAUGGGUGAGGCCUGGAAAGCCACUGCAGAAAACGAGCAAUCUUUUAUGCGAGAUUGUGGGCUGCCUGCUACGUGCAGUGGACUAAUAUUUGGCAUGCAUGUCCAUGGCAGCAUUGUCCAGAGACAGCGAAUGUUUUCUUACCAUGUUCAAAAAGCGUUGCAGUGCCCCUUUAAAGGCCGCUUUAUGGAGAGCUCAUUAACAGUAUGUGCCUUGCACGUCUUGAUCGCAAAUGAUGGCACUUGCAGGGCAGGUCUGCUGCUGCUGCAUCCAUGCAAGCUUCAUGUUAGUUCACCUCUUGGCAUUGUCCUGGAGUUUUCAGUUUUUCAGGGGACCACUGAAGGAGCCAUACUCUGGAAAGAGUUUUUUCGGAGUACUGGCACCUUAUUUUUAAAAUCACGUGCAAGACUCUGUUUGCAUAAUUGAGUUGAGGUAAAAAGAGUCGCGGAAUCUAGUUAUUUAAAAAAAAUGUUAUAUCACUUACUGCAGUGUGAGCUUAACGCCUAAUUCCUGUUGAGGCAUCCAUAUAGCGAUAAAUGCAUUAAUCUCAUUUGUUCAAUUUUUAUUUCUUUGUUAAGAUUAUGCUUGGAUUGUGGGCUUAUAAAAUUGUUUAAGGCAUUCAAAAUUUCUACUACUCCUUCCAGUGAAUGUGAGGGUGAUGUUGGUGCUUCUGUUGGGCAAAUUACACCGGUAUUCUGUGUAUGGAUGUGGCAGGUUCCCAAAACUGUAUUUGGCAUCGAUUUUAUUUAGUGGUACCACUUUGUGAGUCUCAAAAUUAUUAGUUUAUUGAUUAUUUUUGUUUAUCAUGCAAUGCAUGCAGGCUCAUUUUGACACUAACCAAUCACAGUCUGUGCUGAAGCUUUAGCAAUGUGAGGGGACCUUCCAAGUUUUUAUGAUUGAGCACAGUUUUAGUGCCUUCAUUGUGCAUUCCCUCCUCUCAAUAUAUUUUAGCAUAGCUUUUUAUUUAUGGUACAGCUUUCUGAUUGAACUUGCAAAUACAAUCUGCGUUCAGCAUUACUUCUCAGUAUUAGUAUUCAGGUAGCACAUUCUUUUUACUCUCUUUUGCUCAUGCACCCAAUUUUGUAUCAUCCUAAUAGGUCAUAAUGAUCAUCAUCGACUCAUUUUACUUUUGCUUUCCCAUGUCCUAUCUUCCUUUUUUUUCUGCUUCAUUUUUAUUACACAGUCAAUGAAUAGCUUUUCACCCCAAAGUAUGGGGUAGAACAACUGCGAGCACCGGUUUAUAUUGUGAGAAUUCAGCAAUUUUAAUAAAAGCAUAAUAUUUCUUGGGUCACCCCAAAUACAUUUAGCACUCAGCAUAGUGUGGCAGUUAUAGGAGUGGAGUAUUAGUUGUGGCUCAUCAGAUGUUUGUAUGCUCAGCACCCAGUGACUUUGCGGUAACUCAUUUAAGGAGGCUUUCGGAACUCCGUCAUCUAUUCGAAGCAUUAAUGCACAACUUAUUGGUGUACAAGUAAUUGAAUUUGGGAGACCAGUACCUAUUCAUUUUCCAUUAAGUAACAGUAAUAUGCUCACUCAGCAGUGCAGUUUGUCAAACAGUAAGAAAGAGCCAUAGAAGAAUACAUUUAUUAAGCCACAUAAUGAAUACUCAGACAAUGGUGUGUAUUAGGCACCCGAGUUGGGCACAAAUUUGCAAGGUGAAGGAAGUAUCACAAGUUGGCAUCCAUCUGAGGGUAUCACAACGAAGCAUAUUGCUAAACCAAAUUUGUUAGUGAAUAGAAUUUUUGUUCUUGUCUGUCAUUUUGGAUGGUGCAUAUGUAAUUGUUUACGAGAUGUCUGAGCCUGGUGCUGUGUGUUAAAUUCUUGCGUCUGUAUGCAACCAGAUCUUUACACAUCUGCAUCCACGGCAUGGCAGCUUUUUUGUGUGUGUAUGUUCUUUUCAGUGUACUCAAUGUUUGUCAUGUAUAACCACUUGUUUGCUGAGCAAACAGGUCUGCUUUGUCUGCAGAGAUAUUUAUUGGGCUCUCCUGGUGAGAUGCCCUAUGAAUGACUGUCAUUGAAAUGCUACUAGUGCCAGAUGCUAUGAGAAUUUUUGACUGAGCUUCAGACAUGGACUACGUUCUCAUACAGUGCGUACAUGUGUGGUGUGCAUACAUGUGACAGCAGACGUGUGGCGGACAUAAUCGGCAGAUGUUUGCCGAACAAAAAAUGGAAAUGUGCUGCCCUCUGUCGUCACCAUCUGUUUCCAUUCAUCCUGCAGAGGAAAGCUCAAUCUGAAUUCUCACAAGGUCUGGUGCCACUGAAACAUUUUGUGUGUGCUCACAAAGAUAUACUACUAAAACUGGUUAAGUUUUAAACACCUGUACUACACUACCUGGUGAAAUGAUAUUCACAAGUGAAUGUGGCAGACCCUCUUUUAUAUAGUGAACAAUGUUGAAUUUUAUACAUUUUUCCAGUUAUCCUUCAUAAUACUUUUCUUUGUGUGGCCUAUGACAUGUCUUCAAUAUAUAUGGCUUCAUAAAGUUUAAUAAAACUGAUCUGCA